AUGACUUCUCCAAGAUCAAAAUCUCCUAAGCCACAGAAUUCGUUUAGGAAAGAUGAUAGCAAAGAAGAGACAACAUUUUGGGACAAAAUUGGGACGUUAGGACGUAAAAAGCGAAUAAAGGAAGUGCAAGAAGUUCAGGAAGAGGGUAAAUAUGCUAUUGACUCUCCAGGCAAUCCGGCAAUGGCUGAUGUUCCUCCUGAAGAAUAUACUCUUGAGGAGAAUGAGGAACGGACUAUGGUGGAACCAAAGUCCUAUUCUGAUCCUAAAUUACAAGAGUUAAUGAAUAUCUUAAUUGAUUGGGUAAAUGAUGUGUUAGCUGAUCAUCGAAUCAUCGUUAAAAAUUUAGAACAAGAUCUAUAUGAUGGACAAGUUUUACAAAAACUCUAUGAAAAAUUGACUAACGAAAAGUUGGAUGUUCCUGAAGUAACUCAAUCCGAGGAAGGGCAAAAACAAAAAUUGUAUGUUGUUCUUGGAUCUGUAAACAAUAUCUUGGGUCUGACUGGUAACAGACUAUCACAACAAAAAUGGAGUGUUGAAAGUGUUCAUUCCAAAAACCUUGUAGCCAUUUUGCAUUUAUUGGUAUCACUAGCUCGUCAUUUUCGAGCUCCAAUUCGUCUUCCUGAAAAUGUCACUGUCAAUGUAGUGAUUGUACAGAAACGUGAUGGAGUGUUGAAGAAUCGAACUGUAAUUGAAGAGAUCACAUCCAGGUACGAUGAUCUUGGUAUGAGAUGCGAGCGUGAUGCUUUUGAUACAUUGUUUGAUCAUGCACCUGACAAAUUAGAAGUGGUUAAAAAAUCUUUGGUGACAUUUGUUAACAAACAUUUGAAUAAAAUUAACAUGGAAGUUCAAGAUUUAGACACACAAUUCCAUGAUGGUGUUUACUUGACAUUAUUAAUGGGAUUACUUGAAGGGUUUUUUGUGCCACUAUAUUCAUUUAAUUUGUCACCUCAAAAUUUUGAACAGAAAGUACAUAAUGUCAAUGUGGCAUUUGAUUUAAUGCAAGAAAUUGGACUUGCUGCGCCUAAAGCAAGACCUGAAGAUAUUGUAAACUUGGAUUUGAAAUCAACAUUAAGAGUGCUUUAUAAUCUUUUUACCAAGUAUAAAAAUGUAUACUAA